CACACCGCUUUCAAAAUAAAAGUACCAGCAAAACGUUGGAGUAAAAUGGUUAAAUUCUAACUGGAAACAAAUAAAAAGGAAAUGAGUAGAGUAAAAUUUUGAAUAGGUCGAAAUUCAUAGAUUGUUUUAAUUGUUUAAAUACAGGAUUUUCUUUUAAGGAUGCAUUUUCCCGUGUGCACUAGAGGGUUACUCACUUAAGCAAAAAUAUUUUAAUAAAACAUUUGCAUAUAUAAGUAAUACACACUGUUAACACACAAACAAAAUAUCCGUACUGUACACAAUUUAAAUCUCCCAAAUCCCGACCGCAAAACAUUGGAUGAGAGUCUCCUUUCAAGUCUGAUUCUCCCAUUUGAUUGGUUGAUCCACAGAGGACUAGAAAAAUGAUUGGUCGUCGGGUGUCCCUUGCUGCACUGGCAAUGGGAGCUUUAAGCAGACAGGAGUUCUUCCAGGAACUGGGAUCAGGUUGCUUGCUUCCUACGGUCCAGCAGGGUCUAGAACAAGUAUGGCAACUGUUAGUCAUCUGCCUAGUGUGUCGGCUGUUGUGGAGAUUUGGUCUGCCCUCUUUUGUGAAACAUCUCAGUACGGUGGCCGGUGGCUUUUACACACUUUACUUGUUCUUUGAGCUGCACAUGGUUUGGGUGGUGCUUCUCAGCCUCCUUUGCUACCUCAUCCUCUUCCUGUGUCGUCAUUCCAGCAGCCGUGGUCCCUUCCUGUCCAUCACUAUCCUUAUCUACCUGCUGUUAGGAGAGUUACAUAUGAUGGAUACUACUACCUGGCAUAAAAUGAGAGGUUCCCAGAUGGUAGUGGCCAUGAAGGCGAUUUCUCUUGCCUUUGACUUAGACAAGGGCACAGUGGAGAAAGUUCCCUCUCCAGUAGAGUUCAUGGGAUACAUUUACUUUGUGGGUACAGUCAUCUUUGGUCCCUGGAUCAGCUACAACAGCUAUUUAGAUGCAGUGGAGAGUCGAAAACUUAGCAUCUCCUGGUUUGUGAAGUCAGUCUGCAGCUGUGUGUGGAGUCAACUCUGUUUGGUCAUCUCUAAUUGUAUUGCACCCUAUCUCUUUCCCUAUUUCAUUCCAGUUUUUGGAAACAAGCUGCUUCGCAACAAGAAGAGGCGAAAGAUGAGAGGCACUAUAACAAGGUGGCUGCAGGCCUAUGAGAACACCCUGUCCUUUCAUUUCAGUAAUUACUUUGUAGGUUACCUGGGUGAGACAACCACCACACUGUCAGGUGCUGGUUUCACAGAGGAGAAGGACAACCUUAAAUGGGAUUUGACAAUAGCAAAGCCAAUGAAUGUUGAGUUUCCUCGGUCUAUGGUGGAGGUUGUCACUUCCUGGAAUUUGCCCAUGUCCCGUUGGCUCAACACAUAUGUGUUUAAGAAGUCUCUCAGAUAUGGAUCCUUCACAGCUAUCAUCUUGACAUACACAGCAAGCGCUCUGCUUCAUGGUCUAAGCUUUCAUAUUGGGGCUGUAUUAUUUACUCUUGGAUUUAUGACAUACAUUGAACAUGUGCUUAGGAAAAGGUUGUCAGUUCUUUUAAAUGCCUGUGUCCUGUCCAAGAAGUGCACAACUGACUGCAAACAUCGAAAUAAAAAGGCAUUGUGGGUAUAUUUAAUAAACGGGACAUUUAGCAUUUUAGCAGUGCUACACUUAACAUACCUGGGAUCCAUUUUCGGCUCCAGCACAGAUGACACAGACUCUGAUGAGGAUAGUAUGGCCAGUCACACCAUUCAGAAAUGGACUCAGCUCAGCUGGACAAGCCACUGGUUGACCUUUGGGCUUUGGGUCCUGUAUCGCCUUAUUCUUUAAACUUUGAAACCCUCAUAGACACGGAGAAGAUAGCAAUAAACUAUAUCAAAUGGGCCAUUUUUUACAUCACUGUGAACACUGAAUGAACUCGACUGUGGAACAGAGUAUUCACAAAUCGGGGAAAAUAUUUUUAUGUAAUAUCGAUCCACACUGGUUCGGCCAUAGCACAGCCCAGGAAAUACCAGUUUUCUACAGUACACAGGAGCAUUAUGAUUUUUUUACAAACCACAGCACUCCUCAAUAAGUCGAUGUAUAUAUUAUAUAUAUUUAUAGCCAUCAUUAAUAAAUGUAUCAAUACUUUGUUAUGACCAACAAAUAAA